AUGUCUUCAAGUAUGUUUUACACUGAUCUUGUGUCUGAAAGGAAAGCAAACGAUGAACAAGAGAGGAGUAGUCGCGUUUUGUCCUACAAACCUGGAAAAGAUAGGAUAAGCUCAUUACCGGAUCAUCUUCUUUGUCAGAUACUCUCUCUUCUCCCUACAAAGAAAGCUGUAGGGACAAGCGUUUUGUCCAAGAGAUGGCAAAGUCUAUGGCUUUCUGUUCCUCUCGUAGAUUUAAACAUUUCUGAUCUUUUUAUUCAUCAUGAAAAGGACAUGGUGAGUUUUGUCCAUGGGUUUCUAGAUCAUGUCUCUAAGGAGUCGUCAUGGUUACUCAAGCUCAAACUUUCUGUCAGCGUAAACAAUGAGAUUGAUCAGUCUUGCGUGACUUCUUGGAUCGACUGUGCAGUUUUGCAUAAAGUUCAACAUUUGGAUAUCAAUCGCCAUCGUUUUUAUCCUUUUGUUCCGGACCUAUUGAUUCCCCUAAGCCUUUACACCUGUGAGACUCUGGUGUGCUUGAAACUCACCGCUGUAUCAUUUCCAGGUUUCGAGCAUGUUUCUCUACCUCGUCUCAAGAUCAUGCAUUUAGAAUACAAUAGAUACUCUAGUGACGCUCUUCUAGAGAGGCUUGUCUCGUCUUGUCCACUUCUUGAAGAUUUAAAAGUUGCUAGAUAUGUGGAGACAGAUUCCUACACCGUUACGGUUUUACGAGUGCGUUCUCAGUCAUUAAAGAGUCUCGCGCUUGUUCUCAGUGGUCACGAUCCCUGGUGCGAGGAUGACUGGGAGGUUGUGAUGGAUGCUCCUAGACUCGACUAUUUGCGUCUUAAAGAUGAACAGUCGGGAAGUUUCUUAAUAAGCAAUUUGAGGUCCUCUGUCAAGGUAGAUAUUGACGUCAGUGGUAUUGUUUCUUCAAAUUCAGAUGUGAUGAGGAAAUUCUUCACAGUGCUCUCCAACGUAAGGGACAUGACUUUAAGUAGAGCAACUUCGGUGGAGCUUGGGGAAUUCAAGAAGAAGGAGCAACUUCUUCUCUCAUUAUCAUCGGUUCCAACAUGUUUGAGAUCGUCUCUGGAGUAUGUUGAGAUAAAAACAGCUAUAAGAGGAGCUGAUGCGGAAAUGAAACUAGUCAAGUACUUGCUAGAGAACUCGGCAGUGCUCAAGAAGUUUUGGCUGCGUUUGAGUUGUAGGAGUUUGCAAGAAGAGUCUGUCACCUUUAUACAACUCAUGAGAUUCAGGAGAUGCUCUGCUUCUUGUGAAGUUGUUGUUGAACUUGAAGGUGCUUAUCCAACUAUGAUACAAACCUUUUGGUAG